UUCUGAAAUAAAUGGACCUUUUCCCUUCCAUUUUCCCCCUCCCCAAUCUCAGAGCCUCGGCACCCCGUUCCCCCGUCAGCCACCCAAAGCACCCGUCGCUGCUGGCCUUCCUUUCCCCCCCACCAUUUCCCUCCUACUUUCUCUUAUUUGAAAACUUUCAGAUCUGUAAAAAGUUUAGAAUAUUGAGCUCUCGGCAAGCGGCGGACGUGAGAAAGUGCUAUUUGAUCUAUUUUUUCCCUUUUUACAUUUAAUUUAAAAUUAAUCAGAUAUUUAUUUUUUCGAAAUUUUAAUAACUAACUAAAAUCUUACAAAAUUCUUCCCACCCCUUGUAAUUUUCAACCUGGGUGUUUUUGCUCGUUUAAAACUUCCUCUCUUGUUCGUAUUUCUUUCCUUCAAUCCAUACAGAGUCUCCAUUGCAGUAGGGUUUUCGAAAAAGCUUGUGAGAAUGUGGGCCUGGGGCGGGAAACAACUCUUCCACUGCGUCUUCUAGCCAAACUAUCACCACUAGCAGCUCUGCAGCGAUCACGAACGAUCUAUUCAGUCCAACCAAAGAGUUCAUGAUAAGGUGGAGCUCGGAAAUGACGCAUUCCCCCAAACAUCUUUUCCUUUUUAGCAAUAUCACUCCCAUAAACCAAUAAGCAGACACGGUUCUUAGGAGAGGGUUUCACUUUGUUGUUGUAGUAUCUCUACGAAAAGAAGAAACUAUCAUGGCAGCUUCUAUCACCACCAAAGAAUGCCUAAGACAUAAAUGCUCUGCAUGCUACAAGCAAUAUAAGAAGAAAGAGCAUCUUAUUGAGCACAUGAGAGUUUCGUAUCACUCUGUUCAUCAGCCUAGAUGUGGGGUCUGCCAAAAGCACUGCAAAUCAUUUGAAUCAUUGAGGGAACAUCUAAAUGGUCCACUUUCAAAAUCAAAUUGUUCAAAAAUUUUCUUGGAGCAAGGUUGUGGGCUUUGUUUGAGAGUACUUGAUGAUCGCACAUCUCUCAGAGGGCAUCAAGACAUUUGCCGCUUAACAGCUCCUGUUCGCCAAGGAACAAGUCUAUUGCCAACUGAUUUAUCAGAUUGUUAUGAUGAAGACCGUUCUGAUCGAGGCCUUGGAGCAAUAGCUAUGGAUUGUGUAAUGGCUGGCGGUGGAAGUGAUGGCACACUGGACAUUUGUAUUGGGAUCUGCCUUGUUGAUGAAGACGAGAAAUUGAUUUUCAAUACUUUUGUACAACCACAUAUACCAAUCACGAAUUACAGGCAUGAAGUAACUGGGCUAACGGAAGAACGUGUAAGGUAUGCCAUGCCACUGAAAGAAGUCCAAGAAAAAGUAUUAAAAAUCUUGUUAAAUGGAGAAACCAUCGAGAGAUUGAGAUUGAAUGGUGGUAAAGCUAGGCUUCUUGUCGGCCAUGACUUGGAGCAUGAUUUAGAUUGCUUGAGAAUGAAUUAUCCUGAUCAUAUGUUAAGGGACACUGCCAGAUAUACUCCAUUGAUGAAAACAAAUUUGGUUAGCCAUUCUCUCAAGUACCUUACUCGAACAUAUUUGGGGUAUGAUAUUCGGCAGGGUGUGCACGACCCCUAUGAAAAUUGUGUAUCAGCGAUGCGAUUGUACAAGAGAAUGCGCAGUCUUAAUCAUCAUGGACUAGUUACGACACUGUUGAUUGCUCCUCCCCUUGCUCAGUAUGUUGCUCACAGUAUUGAUUCCUAUAGUGCAAAAGAUCUUGAGAAGAUGACUCCAGAUACACUUUAUGAGCUAUCGAGAUCGAACUUUAAGUGUUGGUGUCUUGACUCGAGACGAGUAAUGCAGACUUAGGAUCAGAUCAUUUUCAUUUUCUGCUGGGAAGAAAAGGCAUAGACAGUACUCAUAUUGAUGGGGAGAGGUGAGGUUGUUGGAUGAUGAAAAAGGGGGAAAUGAGAAGGGAAGGUUGACCUGCUCUUUUGUAUCUAGCCUUUCAAGACUUGAAACGAUUAAAAUGCACCUGUUCUAUCGUAUAUUGGCGUCUUGCCAAUUUAUGGUUGUGUUUUAGGUCUCUGUUGGUGUUUGUUUCUUGAUACAGACGUGUGUCGGAAUGGAACGGACUUUAGAGGCAUCUUUAGAAGUGUUAAAUCAAAUAUGAAAAUGAUUCAAUAUUAUUUACACUUUUCUUCGGGGG